UAAUUUUUUAAUAGUCUGAAUUAGUUCGUGUGCUCUUGUGUUUUAAAGCUUUCGGUGUUUUCGAGGUGAGUGGAUGACAAAGUGGGUAAACUGCGUGAAUGCAGUGGGAAUAAAAGCCGGUGGAGACGCUGUGUGGAAUGAAGAGGGAAGCUGUCCGUGCAGAUGCCUGUUCAAAACCCAGCAGACGUCAAUAAUUCGUUUCCAAAAUAAUUCAGAAGAGCACGAUCCCCCUUUGAGUACUUGAACACGUUCAUGGAUCAAAGCGAGACAGACAAAUGUAACCAGCGCGUGUUUCACGGUGAUCGGCGGUGUUCGAUUCUGCACAGGCCUGGUUCGUGUCACACAAGCCUGCAGUUUAUUUUAAAGAGCAGCCGACACCAUGAAUGAAGUGGAUUAUCUUGAUCAUAACAGAGCUGAGAGUCUGGAGUUUGAAGAAAAGCCGGACAUUAAACCUCCAGAUGUUGAACAGCUGCAGGACGCUGAUAUAAACCAAACCGCUGUAUUCCCUGCAGAUGUCCAGCAGAUGUUGGUGAUUAAAGAAGAAGAGCUACCCUGGACCCCCAGUCUGGACCAGCAGAAUACAGACCACCUCCACAUAAAGGAGGAGCACGAGGAGCUGUGGAUCGGUACAGGGGGAGCGCAUCUUGCUGUUAGCACUAGGUGCACAUUGUCUUCUAUUUCCAUGAAGUGUGAAGAUGAAAGAGAAGAAAAGCCUCAGAUUGUACAGCUUCAUCAAAGUCAGACUGAAGACGAUGCAGAAGCAGAAGCUCCAAACAGCAGCUCAGCUACAAAGAUCAACAAUGAAAUUGAUGAAAAGGAUUGUGGAGGACCAGAAAUCACUGGGAACUCUAAUCCAAAUUUCCAUUUCCAACUAAAUGCUGUUGAGAAGGGCCCAGACUCUUCUGAAACAGACAUCAGUGAUGGAGAUGAUUGGCAGGAACCUUUGUCUGAUGCUGGACCUGCAAACGAAGAUGGUGACAGUGGUUGCCCUAUACCUAAAUCAAACUUGAAAACUCUGAAAUCACUGAAAAGCAAGUGUUCUUUUCAGAGAAGGAAGAUAUCUCAUUCAUUCAAAAGGCCUCAUGGCUGUUUGGCUAAUGAGAAAUUUAACAGAGUGAAACAAAGUGAAUUUUCAAAGAUGAAAGUCAACACAGGAGAAAAAACAUUUACCUGUGGUGUUUGUGCAAAAAGAUUUAAACAGAAACAAAAUCUGAAGACGCAUAUGAGAGUCCACACAGGUGAUAAACCAUAUAACUGUGAUUUUUGUGGAAAAGACUUUAGACAUCACUACAGUUUUAAAGUACACAUCAGAAUCCAUACUGGGGAAAAACCGUUUGUUUGUGGCAUUUGUGGUGAAAAAUUUAGAAAAAAGCAAAAUCUCAAACGCCACAUGAGGGUUCACACAGGAGAGAAACCAUUCAGCUGUAUUGUCUGCGCAAAAAGAUUUACACAGCAGGGCGUUCUGAAGAGACAUAUGAGAGUUCACACGAGAGAGAAACCAUUUGGCUGCAAUCUGUGUAAUAAAAUGUUUACACAGCAGGGGGUUCUGAAGAGGCACAUGAGGGUGCACACAGGAGAGAGACCAUUCAGCUGUGGUGCAUGUGGGAAAAAGUUUGUGCAUCAACAUGACCUCAAAAUACACAUCAGAGUCCACACUGGAGAGAAACAGUUCAGCUGUCCUGCGUGUGAAAAGCGAUUUACUCAGCAGGGAAGCCUCAAGAGACACAUGAGGGUGCACACUGGAGAAAAACCAUUUGGUUGUAAUGUGUGUGGGAAAACUUUUACUCAACAGGGAAGUCUAAAUAGGCACACGAGAAGCCACACACAGUAGAACUUGUACCGGGUCUUAGUACAAUUUGAAACAGUUUUAACCAACCAAUCUGUGUUUUUUAAACCUGAGAUGAGAUAAACUUGAGGAUUUCUGAUUCACAAAGAAAGUUAACUUAAACUGAUUCAGACUCUGUACACUAAACCUACUCACUGACAAGUUUUCUUUAACAAACUGACAUUUCCUUAUUCCAAAAGUUGCUAUCAAACCACUUGGUGGAGCAAAUGAAUUUGGACAAGUUUAUGUUUUAUAAACACUAAAAUGCUGAUUAUGUGUCAAUUCACUAUUUUUUUUAUUUACCAUGAUGGCUUUUUAAUUUUUAAGUGGUCAAUUUGUAUGAGUGAAGAAAGUGAAUAUCUCACUGAUUUAUUAUCAGCUAAGAAUUAAAUCCAUCUUUCUAACUGUGAGAGUCUUUGAAUUUUAAUGCAGGUGUCAGACUGUCAGCCAGUCAGUUAAAUUAGACUGGAAAACAGUGUACAUUACUAUAGAAUCACUGUUUACAUCAAAAUCACCUGUAUAAAGAUUCAAAGUGUUGUCAUGUGUACAGAAGAAAUAGCAUUUCUCUGUGCAAUGAAAUUCUUCCUUUGCUGUCCACACACAAGUUAGGUAGGGUUGAAGGAACAAGAUACAUAAGGAUGCAAAUAAGACAAGAUAUUAAGAUAAAUAACAUAAAAAAAAAUAAGGAUAAAAAAUAGUGAAAGAUAAAUAAGUACAAAAAAAUAAGUGAAGACAAGUGAGGUAUGCAGAUGUCAGUGCAAAUGGAUGUACAGAGGAGCUUAAUGUGCAAAAUGAACUUAGUGUGCAAAGUGUCCUGAUGUGCAAAUUGCAGUUGAGGUAGGUCAGCUGUUCAGGAAUCUGAUAGAAGAAGGAGUUGUUGAAUCAGGAUGUUCUGGAUUUCACACUUCUAAACCUUUGUCUCGAGGGCAGAAGUGUGAACAGUCUGUGUUGAGGGUGUGUGGAGUCUUUGAGGAUGGAGGCAGCUCUCCUCUGGACUCUGUGAUGGUAGAUGCUCUGCAGAGAGGGUGAUCUUCUCCGCAGUUGUUAUCACUCUCUGCAGGCGUUUGCGGUCCAUAGCAGUACUGCUGCCGUACCAUGCAGUGAUGCAGCUGGAUAGUGUGCUCUGAAAUGACUUAAAACUCUAAAACUGAACAAAAUGUGUUGUUAAAGUGACUUUUAAAAUCCAGCUGCAGACAGUCUGAUUGUAAUCUAAUUACAUUUCAUAUUGAAGUGUGUCCACAGGUUGGAAUUCAGUCAUUAAAUGACAUAAAAUACCAGUUUAAAGUUUCAUUAUCUGAAAUUCAGAGUCUGACCCACCAAGACUGUCGACCCAGAACCAGAACUGGAUCAGCAGAUCAUUUCCCAGUCAGAGUAUGUUUUUAUGGCAGGAUGGAUCCAAAAUGGAUCGGGGAUUCAGACUGGAUCACACCUGGAUCUGGUUUGGCUCCGGUCAUUGCCUAGCUCAUCCCGUCCAGAUCUGUUUUUGAUUAGUUAUCUUGUCAAAAAGUCAAUGCAGCUAGCAGCCCGGGCCAUGCCUUGUCAUGCUUAACUUCUUUGAUGGAUUUCUUGUUUUCUUUUAAUUAAACCUGUACAUUGUAAGUUAAUAGUUCUUAGUGUGUAAGAUGUCUGUGGU